UGAUUUUGAGGAAGGCCUAAGGGGGUGGACCUUGCUCUGAAUUGGAUAUUGAGAGAAGUGGGGUAAUUCAGUGAUGGGGGAUUUCAAAUAUCUAGGGUGAGGAGACUAUCCUGACGGUAAAUCUGUAAUAGGUGAGGAAGUCGUAGUCGCUCAUAUUAACUCGGAGAGGGGGUGUUUUGUGUAUUGGACAAUGUUGAUGCUUCGCCUGUCUGUGUUCAGACAUGAUUUCAGGGAGGUCUUGUUUUUGUCUUAUUCUAUCAUGGUCACAGAGUGACCUUGUCUGGUGUUGAUGUUCUGUGUAAUUAACUUAAAGAGGAGAAUUUGAGGGUCAGGCCAGCUCUGAAAUGUGAGGGCUGCUUUUUUUCUUCUUCUUUUCUUAUAUGAGGUGUAAUUUCAGCCCCGUGUCUUCCUGUUUAUUGAAAGUGUUCUACAUUCUGUUCCGCAAACAUUUAUUAAACCCCUGCUUUUUACUUGUUUCAGAGCUCCGUGUCCAAAGAGGAGCAUGACUAUUGGAUUGUUUCCUUCCAGGUUUAUUUUGACACAGCCUGGGAUAACCCCAUAGGAAACAGUCUGCCUUUCAUGGGAGUACUCACUUCCUGUGAAUGAGUUCAGCCUUCUCUGCAUGACCCAUUCUGGGACUGAGAAGAAUUUACCAGACUGGUAAAUGGCUCCUGGAGACUUAGUCUUUCAAUCCUGAUUCCUCAGACCUCUGCUUUUUUGGAAGAGAAGCAGAAAAUGACCAAGUCUUAUGGUCCAUUGUCAUUUGAGGAUGUGGCUAUAGCUUUCACCAAGGAGGAGUGGCAGCAACUGGACCGCGCUCAGAGGACCCUGUACAGGGAUGUGAUGCUGGAGAACUUCAGCCACCUGGUCUCGUUGGGGCAUCCAGUGUCCAAACCAGAUGUCAUCUCCAAGUUGGAACAAGGACAAGAGCCAUGGAUUGUAAAAAGAGAUAUACCAAGUUGGAUCUAUCCAGAGAGGGAGACUAGACUUGAAAAUCCUCAGUUGGAUAUACCUGGAGGUGUUUCCUUCCAUAAGGAGAUAUUGGCAAAUGUGACAAGGGAGCAUUCAUUGUACUCCAUUUUUAAGGUCUGGCAGGGUGAUGACCAUCUGGAGAGAGAUGCGGAAAAUCAAGACAAACUUCUUAGGCAAGUCAUGGUCAUCAAAAACAAAACAGUUUCUGAAGAGUCAGGCUAUUCAUAUAAGACGUUAGGAAAAAUAUUUCAUGACUACGCAGACCUAGAUGCUUCAAGACAAGGACUGUAUGACUGUGACUCAUUUGAAAAGAGCUUGGAACCUAAUGUAAAGUUAUUCAGUUGUAAUAGGGGUUAUGCAAGAAAAAACACUGAUGAGAAUUUUGGGUGUGGGAGUACACCUGUUUCUUCCUAUUCUAAGCAUGAAAAAAUUCAUAAUGGAGUGAAACACUGUGAAGAUCGUCAGUGUGGAAAGAUUAUCAGCAAUAAACAAUCUCUUGUUCAAUAUUUGAAUGUUGAAACUGGAGAGAAGACCUGUGUAUGCAUUGAAUGCGGAAAAUCUUUUCUAAAAAAGUCACAACUCAUCAUACAUCAAAGAAUUCAUACUGGAGAGAAACCAUAUGAUUGUGGUGCAUGUGGGAAAGCCUUCAGUGAGAAGUCACAUCUCAUUGUACAUCAGAGAACUCAUACUGGGGAGAAACCUUAUGAGUGUUCUGAAUGUGGAAAAGCUUUCUCUCAAAAAUCAUCCCUCAUUAUACAUCAGAGAGUUCAUUCUGGGGAAAAACCAUAUGAAUGUAAUGACUGUGGGAAAGCCUUCUCCCAGAAAUCCCCCCUCAUUAUACAUCAGAGAAUUCACACUGGAGAGAAACCUUACGAAUGUAGAGAGUGUGGGAAGGCCUUCUCCCAGAAGUCACAGCUGAUUAUACAUCAUAGAGCUCAUACUGGAGAGAAGCCGUAUGAAUGUACUGAAUGUGGGAAAGCCUUCUGUGAGAAGUCCCACCUCAUUAUACAUAAAAGAAUUCACACUGGGGAGAAACCCUACAAAUGUGCUCAAUGUGAGGAAGCCUUCAGCAGGAAGUCAGAACUCAUUAUACAUCAGAUAAUUCAUACUGGGGAGAAACCUUAUGAAUGUACUAAAUGUGGGAAGACCUUCUCCCGGAAGUCACAGCUCAUCAUACAUCAGAGAACACAUACUGGAGAGAAACCCUACAAAUGCAGUGAAUGCGGAAAAGCCUUCUGUCAGCAGUCACAUCUCACUGGACAUCAGAGAAUUCACACAGGAGAAAAACCUUAUAUAUGCAGUGAAUGUGGGAAAGCCUUCUCUCAGAAGUCCCACCUCCCGGGGCAUCAGCGCAUUCAUACGGGAGAGAAACCUUACGUGUGUGCUGAGUGUGGAAAGGCCUUUUCCCAGAAGUCAGACCUUGUUGUACAUCGGAGAAUUCAUACUGGGGAGAAACCCUAUCAGUGUACUAUCUGUGGUAAAGCAUUCAUCCAGAAGUCACAACUCACUGUACACCAGAGAAUUCAUACAGUGGUAAAAUCAUAAGAAUGUAUUAAGCACAGAUAAAGUCUUCUUCAGUAUUUUCUCAAGCCUUAAAAAUGACACAAAACCCAUGGAUUUCAAUGAGUUUGGGAACAUCUUUACUGAUAAAGUUCCUAAUGUAUUUAAUUUUUUUAUCAGCAAUAAUACAGACAUCUCAGUUAUAUAAAUAAUGGGUAUUUUCACUAUGACAUGUAAGACUUUUGAACUUGUGAACUGAAUGAUUAAUAUCAUAAGUUACAUAUAUAGUUUAUUUUGAAGUUAUGUAUUUAUGUUAUAUAAUAAGAAUUGGAUAUGUGAUAAUAUUGUUAAUGUUAACUUAGCAUAAUUAUGGCUGUGCAGUAAUUCCCCACAGAGGACAUGAAGAAAGCUUGAGUCAGAAGAAGCCAUGACCUUGAAACUGAGCCUGGGGGAAGAAUUUGAUUGUCAUUUCUAAAGGUACCUGUAAAAUUAUUCUUGUAGAUGGAUUGAAAGACGGGUUGAUAAGGUCCA